CGUGACACGCGUGUGGAGGAAGAGGCUGACAGAUCCGUAGUAGCUGCCGACAGCCCUGCUGCUCGCGAACCGGCCGAACUGUGAUUUAUUGUUUCCCAGUAACAUGUCGUGGCUGUUCGGCCUGAACAAGGGGCAGCCGGAGCCGCCUCCCGGUUUACCGGUUCAGCCUCCACCGCCUCCGCCGCCGGCCGGAGGCUCCAGCGGCGGUGGAGAUAAACCCAAGGACAAAUGGAGCAACUUCGAUCCCACCGGGCUGGAGCGCGCUGCUCAGGCGGCCAAGGAGCUCGACAAGUCCCGACAUGCCAAAGAAGCUCUGGAUCUGGCUCGAAUGCAGGAGCAGAGCACUCAGAUGGAGCACCAGAGCAAAAUGAAGGAAUACGAAGCAGCGCUGGAGCAGCUCAAAGGCGACCAGAUUCGCAUCCAGGGGGAGGAGAGGAGGAAAACUCUGAAUGAAGAGACCAAACAGCAUCAAGCGAGAGCUCAGUACCAAGACAAGCUGGCCAGGCAGCGAUACGAGGACCAACUAAGGCAACAGCAAGCACUGAAUGAGGAGAACCUUCGCAAACAGGAGGAGUCUGUACACAAGCAGGAGGCCAUGAGGAAAGCAACGAUAGAGCACGAGAUGGAGCUGAGACACAAGAACGAGCUCCUGCGUAUCGAGGCAGAGACGAAAGCUCGAGCUCGCGUGGAGAGGGAAAAUGCCGAUAUAAUCCGAGAGCAGAUCCGUCUGAAGGCUGCAGAACACAGACAAACUGUGCUGGAGUCCAUAAAGACUGCAGGUGCUGUGUUUGGAGAAGGUUUCAGGGCCUUUGUGUCAGACUGGGACAAAGUUACAGCCACUGUAGCGGGACUGACCCUGUUAGCUGUCGGAGUGUAUUCAGCGCGAAACGCAACAGCGGUGGCAGGACGGUACAUUGAGGCCAGGCUUGGGAAGCCAUCUUUAGUACGGGAGACGUCCCGAUUCACUGUAGGAGAGGCGAUCAAGCAUCCGGUCAAGACGGCCAAACGGCUGAAGAGUAAACCCCAGGAUGCCCUUGAAGGAGUUGUGCUCAGUCCUUCCUUGGAAGAGCGAGUGCGUGACAUUGCCAUAGCAACAAGAAACACGAGGCAGAACAACGGCCUGUACAGGAACAUCCUCAUGUACGGUCCUCCAGGGACGGGCAAAACGCUGUUUGCUAAGAAGCUGGCAAUGCAUUCUGGGAUGGACUACGCCAUUAUGACAGGUGGAGAUGUAGCACCCAUGGGUCGUGACGGUGUGACUGCCAUGCACAAAGUCUUUGACUGGGCCAACACAAGUCGACGCGGCCUGCUGCUGUUUGUCGAUGAAGCUGAUGCUUUCCUCCGCAAGAGAUCCACCGAGAAGAUCAGCGAAGACCUCAGAGCCACUUUGAAUGCGUUCUUGUAUCGUACCGGAGAACAGAGCAACAAGUUUAUGAUGGUGUUGGCCAGUAACCAGCCGGAGCAGUUCGACUGGGCCAUAAACGACCGUAUAGAUGAAAUAGUGAAUUUUGCUCUGCCGGGUCCUGAGGAGAGGGAGCGGCUGGUGCGGUUGUACUUUGACAAAUACGUGCUGGAGCCGGCCACUGGAGGGAGGCAGAGGAUGAAGCUGGCACAGUUUGACUACGGCAAAAAGUGCUCUGAAAUAGCAAAGCGGACAGAUGGCAUGUCAGGCAGAGAGAUCUCCAAGCUGGGUGUGGCGUGGCAGGCGGCAGCAUAUUCCUCUGAAGAUGGUGUCCUGACAGAGGCUAUGAUUGAUGCUCGGGUGGACGACGCUGUCAAGCAGCACCUUCAGAAGAUGGACUGGCUGCGUGGAGACGAGGAGGCUCAGGCAAAGAGCCUCACUCCUCCGCCAGCCGGGGUGGCGGGCAGCGGAGGGAAAAUGGGCUUUACUCUGCCCCUCAGCGAGGCACCUCAGGCCGAGGAGGUGAUCGCUCCGGUCCUUGAGGUAAAUACGAAACAAGAAGGUGAAAGUAUACCACCUUCAUCAGACCAGUCAGCGGAGGGCAAAAGUGCCGCCCCAGCUGAACAGGACAUUGAAGAUGCUGCCAAAGCGGAAGCUACGCCAACAACCGAGAGUUUAGGCCAACCUGCUGCCUCCACUGACAGCGAGGGCAAGAUGGGAAAAGAAGACAAGACUGGAUCCUCUCCUCCAAAGGACGGAACUCCAGUUUGAGCUGUAGGUUUGUCCAAUAUGUCUGGAUUAAGAAUUAUUAGUGUCCUGUCCCUUUAACUGGUCUGUCAGAGUAUGUCUAAUAGCCUGCUGGACUGUCCUCAUGACAAACGAGUUCAGUGUUGACGAGGAUAACCAAGUUAACAUUUCAAAACACAAAUGACGCCUGGGACUGUUUAAUUUUAAUAUAUAAUGUAUACAUUGUAAAAGUGUACUUCACACGGAAACCGGACGCUGAGUCUGUAAUUACACUAUUAAUGUUGUGCAAAGUGGAAUGUCUGAAAUAAUUAAAUGGAUUCAUGUUUUCAUAAAAAGUAAA